AUAGUUUUUGCCUUACGACAGAAAUUUAGGAAAGUUCUCCGUUGAUGCUUAAUGUUAUGAUGUUUAUCUCCAGUUGAGGGAAACAUUUUUAAUCAGUGAGAGUUUGAAAUCUAUGGUGCUGUUUUAAAUCCCUGAUUAUUAGAAAGAUGUCAGAAACAUACGAUUUCCUUUUUAAAUUUCUUGUUAUUGGAAGUGCUGGAACUGGAAAGUCUUGCCUUUUGCAUCAGUUUAUUGAAAGCAAAUUUAAAGCUGACUCAAAUCAUACAAUUGGUGUGGAAUUUGGAUCUAAAGUUGUAAACAUAGGAGGAAAAUCUGUGAAACUACAAAUAUGGGACACUGCUGGUCAGGAGAGAUUCAGGUCAGUCACACGCAGCUAUUACAGAGGAGCUGCUGGUGCCUUACUUGUAUAUGACAUUACAAGUCGUGAAUCAUAUAAUUCCCUCUCCAACUGGCUAGUGGAUGCUCGUACACUUGCAAGCCCAAACAUUGCUGUAUUGCUGGUUGGCAACAAAAAAGAUUUAGAAGAAGAUAGAGAAGUCACUUUUCUGGAAGCAAGUAGAUUUGCCCAAGAAAAUGAGUUGAUGUUUCUUGAAACAAGUGCUCUCACUGGUGAAAAUGUGGAAGAAGCAUUUUUAAAAUGCUCCAAGACUAUAUUGGCAAAGAUAGAAGCUGGUGAGCUUGACCCUGAAAGAAUUGGGUCUGGUAUUCAGUAUGGCGAUGCAUCACUUAGGCGACUUACCCGUCACCAACAGCGACAGCAGAGAUCUCUGGAUUGUGCUUGUUGAGGUGACAAAUAACUUUUUGAAGCUGUUAUGAACAGAUGUAUGUAAGUUUUCCUAGGACAUAUAUUUCCAUGUUUGUAUAUAAUUGACCUAACAUUGUGCAGUGUAGUCAGUGCAAAGAAAAUAAAUAAUAAAGCCUUUGUGCAAAGCUGCAUUUAUUACUUUGGAAUCAUGUAAAUUGUUAGGAGUUAAAACUUAGACUGAAAUAUUAGAAAUGGUUUGACUAUUUUUUCAAUUUGAUAUUGCAUACCUUAUAUAUUUUUGAGUUGUUUUAAGUGAUUCAUCAUAUUUGGUAACUAAUUAUUAGAAUUUUAUAUUAAUGAAUAAUCUAGAUUUUCUGUAUUUGAGCAUCAAUGAAGAAAAAAUUAAUGAAAAUCAUAUAAUUGUGCUCCAACAUAAUUUAGAAAAAUCAUAAAUGCAUUUUUCAUUAAAAAUUUGAAAUCUAUUAUUUUAUAUAUUAUAUUUACUUUAGUAAUUUAUAAUCAAUUUCUUGGUGGUUGUGCUUUGUUUUUUCUUUUUUGUUUUGUCUUUCAGUAUUAUUGUUUAAUAAAUUCUCCAUAAUUGGUAUUUUACUUUUUUAUAUACAUUCCUGCUUUUCCAUUUAAUAAGGUAUUCUGAUAGCAAUUUCAUAAUUUUGAAAUUUAUGUUGUUAAAGCAUUUCUGGCUUUUAAAAUAGUUUAUUGUGUUUGGUAGAAAAAUAUGUAUAAAUGUUCGACAUCAUAGUUUUGUUGAAUUUGUUAUAUAUAUACAUUUCUCUUCUCCUGUCUCCCUCUCCAAAAAAAGUGGUUGUACAUUUACAGAUUUUAUUUUUUACUUAAAGCCAGUGGUGUCAGCUUGCUAUUGUUUCUGUUUUGAUGUAUUUAACAUUAAAACUUGAUUUUGAACAUCAAAAGACAAUAUUAGAUGCAUAUUGAGUUGAAUUACAGGAAAAUAAAAUGAAGGAUUGAAAAAUAUUUUUAAAAAAAUGUGUAUGAUGAAUACAUUGAAAAAAAGAUGUGCUUUAGUUUGCAGAAAUAAAUAGGAUUUAAUUAAAAAAAAUGUGUUUAUUUUAUGCAAUUAUAUUUCAUAGUAAAGAAGAUUGUAAAGAAUUUUGUUAUAUUUAUUGCAUAUGUCAUAACAUUUUUAUAGUGCAUGCAUUUAAAUAAUAAUGAAAAAAAAAAAAAAACUGUUACUUUUCUUGCAUUUAAAAACAUCUUAAAUUUUUUAGAGUAAUAUUUUAAAUGCAUUUUUAUUAUAAUCAGUCAAUGCAUGCUUUUUGCAUAUAUUUAUAAGAUGCAAAGACUUAAAUUUCUUAGUAGAUGUUAUUUAUCUAUUGUUCAUUAAUUGGUAAAUAAUUGUAUUAAUUUGGCUGAAAAGUUUGAUGAACAGGGUGCUACUUCAAAUAUUGCCCAUAUUAUUACAUUAUUGCCGUGAGUUUCAAAAUUCACCCUUGAAUAGUUUCAAAAGAGGACAUUAAUGAAUUCAAACAACUUUUAAAAUUGCCCUUCGUAGAAUAUAAUAUUUAAUCAGCAAAAAAGUGUCACUAACUAAAAUUAAAUAAAAUUUUUAUUUAUGUUCAGACUGAUAAAAAUUUCAUUAUUAUUAUUAUUAUUUUAAUCAUGUAAAAUCUAAAUUAUUUUAUAAUUCUCAACAUUCUUUUUUUUCAUGUCAUAUUUACCGCAUACAGUAUUUUUAUGUAGAACUGAUGACUUUGUUUUAAAUUUGAAAAAUUGCAAAGUAUUCAGUAAAAAUGAAAUUUAUUGGUCCUCUUAUUUUAGAUGAAAAUUAUAGGCUUUGAAAAGUUUCCAUAUUGCAUUUAUUAACAGUUAAAUCUCAGUAAAAAAAUGUUAUAUUUAUAAUAUCUUUGUAUAUAUUGAACAUAUUAUUUUAAGGCAUAUGUGUUGAUUGAAAGUUUGCAGUAGAAAUGUUUUGUUGCUUUUUUUUGUAUUUUCUAAUUAUAAGUUUUAUUAUUAUGUAAAGAAUGCAUUUAAUUAAUAAAGAUGCAAAGGAUUAAAAGCAUGGUCAAUUUGGAUUCUUCUCUUAUUUUUCUGAUGUGAAAUUCAACAUAUGGGAAAAUAAUAUAUUCUAAUUUUAAAAAAUUCUAAAAAUUACUUAAAUUUAUUGCAUUUUUUUUGUAUUUCCUAAUUGGAAGUUUUUCUUAUUAUAUAAAGAAUGCAUUUAAUUGAUAGAGAUUCAAAGGAUUAAAAGCAUGACCAAAUGGAUUCUUCUCUUAUUUUUUUUAUAUGAAAUUCAGUCUAUGGAAAAAUAAUAUAUCCUAAUUAAAAAAAAAUCUAAUAAUAACUUAAAAAGGUUAUAAAUACACUGAUAUUGUCAAAAUCAAUAUGCAGUGAUACAGGAAAAAAAAAAUGUAUUUUAGAAGAUUUACUCAAAUAUUAAAAACUGCACUGAAUUUUUAUUUAUUUAUUUAUUAUUUUUAUUCAAAAGGAAAUAGUUGCCACAUUCAGGUGUUUUGAUUUUAAACUUGCAUUUCAUUUCUUUUUAUCAGAUUUUAUGAAUAUAUGUUUGAAUUUUAAUGGUUAAUAUAUAUGGUUUUGGUUCAUUGUUAAUUUAUUAAAAUUAAAUUAAUUCUAUGUAUAGUAUUGGUUUCAAAUUGACUUGCAAUGAAUGCUUCAAUUUCACAUUUCACUUAUGAAUUGUAAUUAAAGUUCAACUUUUAAAUUUUAGGUAUUGAAGUUGAGAGCUAAAAUUUCUUUUUGUCCAGCUAUAAAAUUAGAUUUUUCAUUAAAACAUUAAAAUUCACUUUUUACUCUUUUUGAAAUUUCAUUUUGCUGAAUAUUUUUAGUUUGGAUUAGUUGCAAGUUAUUUGUUUGAACAUGAUAUCUUUUUCAUUUAUGCUGUAGUAUAAUUUUUGUACUGAGAGUAAUAUUUCACUUGCUGAGAUUUUUUUUUAUAUAUAUAAUUUUAUGUGGAUCUUGAUGUUAACAGAAAUAUCUGAAAUUUACGUAAAAUUUGUGUAAUCAAUGCUUUAUUUAAUCCCGUAUUAAAAUUAGACUAUAUUGAAUAAAUUUAUCAAAAAUCUUUCUUAGUUUUUUUAUGUUGAAUUAAAUAAGUUAUAAUUAAUUAUCUGCACUGUAUCCUUUGAUAUAUGUUAAAAUGGCAUUGGGUAAUUUUUGGAAUGUCAUUAGCCAAGAUUGUUAAGGUAACUAACUAAUGAAUAAGAACUAGAAUUUAUUUUGAAUUUAAGCUUUAAUAUUUAUCUAUUUUUUUUGUUUGGAAUGUGAUUUCAAAGUUUCAGUUAUAAUAACCUUGUCAAAGCAUACAUACAUCUGUUAACUAUGAGUAGAAAAUCUUAUGAUAAGGAUUUGUUUGAUGUAAGAUAUAUUCUGUCACAUGCAAAAAGUUAUCAAUUUCUUAUAUAAUAUUAGCUUUUUUUUUUGUAUAAAUUGAAAAUGAAAGCACAUUGCUGCGUUUGCCAGCUUUUAUGAUUUAUCACAAAAUUAAAAUCAGGAAAUAUUAUAGCUUUAUUUGCUGUAUACUAUGUAAAAAUAUGUGGAAGAUUGUAUUGUAACUAUCUCAGAUUUGUUUGUGUUUGUAAAAUAUUAGAGAUGUAAUUAUGGAUAUAAAUAUAUAUAUACAUAUAUACAUGCAUAUAUAUAUAACACAGUUGUUAUAUUAACAUAUGACUAUAGGUUGUAGAAUUCUAAAGCUAAUUCUUAUAUGGCAAACAUUAUCUGCCAACAUCAGCUGCUGUAUUACUGGCUUAUAAAAAUUUGUGGUUUGUGUCAUUUGGUAUUUAUUAUUAUUAUGUGAAGUACACUGCUGUUUAACUGUCACCUUGUAUUGAAGAUCUGUAUAUAUGUAUUUUUAAAUAAAUUAUUACAUUUCUAAACUAA